AUGGCAUGCGAACCUUAUGAUUGGGCUGUACGCCUUUGUACAGAAGCUGCUACUUCAACAAUCAUUGAUGAUUCAGUGAUAAAAUCAUUACCAUCUCCUCCAGGGUUUAAAGUUAUCGAAAAAUCACAGAAGAAGGAAACGAAUACUGGCACUGAUGAAAAGAGAACUACAGAAAUCAACAGCUUGUUGGCUAGUAAAGCUAUGCAAAUAGCUAUGGCUCCAGCUAAAUCAAUCCCAAUGAAUAUGAUAAUGUCAUAUAUGUCAGGUACAUCUCUUCAAAUUAUCCCAAUAAUGGCUGCGUUAAUGUUAUUAUCGGGGCCUAUUAAGGCUAUCUUGGGCAUUAGGUCAGCCUUUAAGCCCGUUUUAGGUAAUAAGGAAAUACAAAGUCAAGUGAAUAGUGCUAUGAUCUUAUAUAUUUUGUUUCAAGGUGCAUUGAUGUAUAUUGGGCUAAGAAAAUUAAACUCCAUGGGACUUAUCCCAAAUACGAAGAGUGAUUGGCUGAGCUGGGAGAAGCAUGUCGACUAUAACAAGAACAUCAAGUCAUUUGUAUUUUAA